AUUGCAAGAGAUAUGGGAAUCUUCUAUAGGACCAAAGAUGCUGGUGUCUACAUUGUAACUGAGAGGAAAAUUCUCUGGAAGUAUUAGCAGGAGAAACGUUUCCUGUAAUCGCACCAACAAAUGGAGUAAAGGAAAGGAGGGGGCUCCAGAAGAGAAAGAUCAGCAGCGGUCAAGUGAUAGUCAACUAAAGUGGACUCAGCCGCGCGGAGCUGGAACAGAUCUGCAAAUAAUGUGUCAUAUUAUUAUUGGGGGAGCUGCGUAAGCCUCCUGGGACAGGUCAUCAUCGCAGCGGUGUCAUAAAAAGUGAGCGGCACUUGCAGGGGGCACUGGACGCGCAGCGGGCUGGAGGAGGCACAUGAGAAGCGUUUUACGCGCAGCCAUCAUUCAGAGGAUACUACUGCUACAAUAAGUUGUAACUAAGCUUGUGUUACACACUGGAGACCCCGCUCUUCCCUUGGUUACCGGACUUUCUGGCAGAUGUUUUUUUACCAUCUGGACUUUCAAAGGUAAUUGGAUAUUCUGUUCACUUAACGCAAACUCGUAAUAGUUGCUCACUUAAGUGUACCGUGGUGGAUGGGAGCUAUGAGAGGACCGCGCACGCACUUUGCCAUGGGACUGGUGCUCCUCGUGUGCGCACUAACGGGCCGCAGCGUGAGCGCGCCCUCAGGAGCCUCGCCAGCGGGGCGCGCGCAGCAGGAGGAGAAGGAGAGAGAGGACUAUAGGCGGCUGGUGGAAGCUGUUAGGCACGUGGAUGAGAGCCGGGGAAGGGCAAGUACCAGGAGAGAAACGGCGUUCUCAUCGCGAAGUAGAGUUUCAGUUCUGGAGACGAGGGAUUUACGAAGCUCCCGGACAGGCAGAGGAGAGCAGGUGGCAGUGUCCCUCCGAAAUCCCAAACAGAAGGGGAAAUUCCUCCAGCACAUAGCGGGUCCGCUCUAUUUCAGUCAAAAGUGCAGAAAGCAUGCUUACAGACUUUACCACCAAACAAGAGACUGCACAAUUCCAGCAUAUUUUAAAAGAUGUGCACGACUUCUCACACGGUUAGCAGGCAGCCCACAGUGCAUGGAGGGAUAACAAGCACAAGGUUAGGAGGUGCAAUCAUUUGAAUCGGUCAGAAGAAAGAAAACCUUUGGUAAAGAAGUGCCUUUGACUGCAGGAAGGGGGCAGCCUAAAAUAUGGACUGUCUAUUCCUGACUGAUUUUAGGCUCCACAUUGGCCCUCUGAAGAGUCCUUCAUGGACAUGGAUUACUGUCUACUCUCUGAGCACUUCAUUGGUCAGAUGUGAUCACAUGGGCACAUCCAGGCAACAUCACCAAAACAAGACAUGGAGCAAGCACCAAGAGGAAGACAGAGGCAGGAGUGGUUGUGAUAAGUUUUUUCUGCUGCUGUUACUGCUGCCAUUCAAAAAGAUGUUCCUAAAACAAAAAGGGAUUGCAUAUUUUUUAUUUUGCCAAUUUCUCUGACAAAAAGACCAUCAGCAUGGUAUGGGUUGACUGACCAUGUGCGCAGUUUGAAUGUGCCCAUCGAAUGCACUACUAAAGAUGAAUGAAGUUGUGCGUGCCGCAAAAGUACUAUUGAGGACUAAUUCUUAAUUUAUUAACACAAACUUGGAUGUCUUAAGAGAAAGAAGACAGUGGUACGUCAUUUACCUGUGGAUCUUGGUUGUAUUGGUAAAGUCUAUAUUUAUGGUCCACACUGUACAUAAUAUAGACAUGACCGUUUAAACAAAGAGAGAAUAUUUACAUAUUGUAAG